ACCCCUUCUCGGUAGUCAGUGCGCCUAUGAUUCCGUAUCGAGGUCAAAGGUCUGGCGAGGAAGUCAAGUUUUCCGAGACGGGCCUUCAUGUUCAGGCGAGUACUUCGAUGCGAUCGACGUCAAUAUCGUCCACAUCCACUUCACAUCUGAUCCGCCCCUGGACUGGAAACUUAGCGCAAACUUGGCCGUCGAGCCUCCACAAUCUUAUGUGUGAAGCACCUCCGCCUGCUAGUCGAAGAAAAAGGUUUCAAGGGUUCUAAGCGUGCAUGCUCUCCCUCGUUGGAGUAUCUUUUUAGUUGCCGCUCCCGAGACCGUCGUUCAUCAAUCAACUAUCCGUUAUUUGGCCAACGGUUGCUACGUCAUGUCGACAGUCAACGGCGUCACAACAAUUAUCCCUCCACCCGAUGGCUAUGAGGUCGACUUUGCGAACCCACAGCGGAGGCUGGUGACGGAGACGUAUGUGAUCUUCAUUGUCGAGAACAUUCUGGCACUUGCGUUUCUGGGACAGCGGCUCUACACUAAGAUCCGGCUCAUGAAGCAAUUCCAGAUUGACGACGCUUUGCUCCUCCUUGGUUGGGCCUGUUCAGUCGGUACUCAAGGUAUUUUGAUUACCGGAUUUGCGACCGGUAGUAUCGGAGUACACGCCUGGGAGAUUUCAAUUGAGAAAUAUGGCUUUUAUUCGCGUCUCCUUCUGGCCGCCCCAGUUUUGUAUGCUCCCUGCACAGCCCUGACAAAGGUCGCACUCUGCAUCUUCUACAGUCGUCUCUCCCCGUCCGUAGCCUUCCAAUGGGCCGUUUGGAUCACCCUUUUCGUCUGCGCUGGUUCAUAUACAGCGGUCUUCUUCAGUUUGAUAUUUGCUUGCAAGCCCAUUGCAGCUAGCUGGGACCCUCUACUGCUCGCAACGGCGACAUGCGUCAACAGAGGGGCAAUCUAUAUUGCCACGGCUGUAAUCGGGAUUGUGACGGAUGUGAUGCUGAUAUCCAUCCCUAUUCCGACCAUCUGGGGGUUGCAAAUGCCGACAAAACAAAAGAUUGGGCUGACGAUCAUGUUUUGUGUUGGAUCGAUCACAAUGGUCACUUCGAUCAUUCGCCUUGUUGUGCUGAUCCCAGCUUUGACAGACAUGGACCAACCCUGGAUCAUAGCCGUGGGGUGUUUAUGGAUCGUCGUCGAAUCGAACUUGUUCGUCAUAUGCUGUUGCUUGCCGACCCUACGACGUUUCCUUAAACACGCGGCGCCGCGAUUAGUCGGCGAGAGUCGGGGAUCUGAGAACAAAGAUUCCUCAGGUCGCAAUCGCGGGCUGCGCACCUGGGGUAGUGAUGGACACUCCAAGCGCAAGUACGAUACAUUGAUGCGCACUGUAGACGGCACGCAAAGAGACGGCGACGACGAGAUUCCUCUUGCUGGUGUGGCACCUAAAGCUUCGGAUGGACGAGUGGCCAAGAUGCCGACCGGGAACGUCUCCUUCAAGGGGGACAACGAUAGCGAGGAAGCUAUCCUGUACGAGCGGACCGUCCAGGUCACAUAUGAAGGGGGUCACGGAGGCGACCCUGCAAAUCCGUACACACGUCAGGUCUGGGCAGACGGGGAUCUGGCACCCAGGGCCCUGUAAGCUUCGCUCCACGCUUGACGCUGAAGAUGCGAUUCUCGUUAUGAUUGCUUGCUUACGACGUUGUGACGGUUUUAUGGAUACCCAAGGCAUUUAAUCAAGGGCUGGGUUUACGAUAGAGCGGGUCGAUGUCGGAUGCAGGGCUGGUACCAGGUAGGAGUUAGAGGGUACUUGAUUUUCAGGGUAAAAGAUUACAUAAUCACCAUGUCAUAGCAAGUCGCGGUUGUUGUGGAGCGCUAGUACGCGUC